UCAUUGGCACGCUUUAACCAUCAGUUUGUCCAGUCAGUCUGAGGGAUCUUCGACUCGUUUAGCCGGGCUGCCAAUUAUUGGGACAGCCAGCAUCCACUGAAAGUGCCUGUCUCUAUGCUGCUGCUGCACACAAAGGAAGCCAGCCAGCCUCUCUCGCGCUUUCUGCAAGCUCCUUAAAGGGAGUGCUGCACGUUCCACCGUACAGCUGCUGCAUCGCUGGUAUCUCGGCGCAGAGUCGCCUCCACCGGGCUUUCGAGCUGUCGGGGAAAGAGAACGAGGGGGAUCCUGAUGAGGCGUCGCGUUUUGCAGGUGAUGGCUCGAUGGAGCUCCUCCUCGGUCUUUUGAGACUUGCGCCUGAGAUUCAACGCUUCCUGGGCUGGCAAGCUUUGCGUGCUCAGCAUUUCAUGGUCCGGAGGGUGUUCGAGACGCAUCUUGCAGUCUGCCUGCAUUGAUUUAAAUCCAGCAAGCAGAGGCAAGCCAGCCUUAAGCCAGAGUGGAUGCUCCUCGUUGGGCUUCACCAGGGAGAUGCAGGCGUCUCUUUCGGAAAGCAAUUGACCAAGUGGAGGGGUCUCUCUCGAAGUGCUGGGGGUCAAAAACCUCUCCUCAAAUCACGGAGAAGCAUGUGGUCUGCUCUCUUCUUUCCCGGUGUGUUUUAGCAAGUUGGGGGUCUGCCUCCUUGUAUCUCGGGGAGAGUCUCGCUCGCUUCUGUCCUGCACCAGACCCCGGGACUUGAGUUGGAGGAGCGCAUCUCUUGAAGGCUCCUAAGCAGCAUCGGCAGACGGGUCUCUUCCGCUCACCGCACAGGCCUGCCGUGCCGCCUCUGAUCUCGAGGAAGUUCUCUCUCUCUCUCUCUCUCUCUCCUGCGCGCAAAAGCUGGGAGGGGGACAAAAUGCAAGUCUCCAUCGCGUGCACGGAGCACAACCUCAAGAACCGGAAUGGGGAAGACAGACUAAUCAGCAAGCAGAACACCACCACGCCAAAUGCAGUCAAUGCAGCCCGGGCAAAAUUCCGGACGGUGGCAAUUAUCGCACGCAGUUUGGGCACCUUUACUCCACAGCACCACAUAUCUUUAAAAGAGUCCACUGCCAAGCAGACUGGCAUGAAAUAUAGAAACCUUGGGAAAUCUGGAUUAAGAGUUUCAUGUUUGGGGCUGGGGACCUGGGUCACAUUUGGAGGUCAGAUUUCAGAUGAGGUUGCAGAACAACUGAUGACUAUUGCAUAUGAGAGUGGAGUGAAUCUGUUUGACACAGCAGAGGUGUAUGCGGCUGGAAAGGCCGAGGUGAUUUUGGGAAACAUAAUCAAAAAGAAAGGUUGGAGGAGAUCAAGUCUCGUCAUUACAACAAAACUCUACUGGGGAGGAAAAGCUGAAACGGAAAGAGGACUUUCAAGAAAGCACAUUAUUGAAGGAUUAAAGGCUUCUCUCCAGAGGCUGCAGCUUGAAUAUGUGGACGUUGUCUUUGCAAAUCGACCAGACAAUAAUACCCCGAUGGAAGAAAUUGUCCGAGCAAUGACGCACGUGAUAAACCAGGGCAUGUCAAUGUACUGGGGAACUUCCCGCUGGAGUGCCAUGGAGAUAAUGGAAGCCUAUUCUGUAGCAAGACAGUUUAAUAUGAUUCCUCCUGUGUGUGAACAAGCGGAAUAUCACCUUUUCCAAAGAGAGAAAGUGGAGGUCCAGUUGCCAGAACUAUACCAUAAGAUAGGAGUUGGAGCAAUGACAUGGUCCCCACUCGCCUGUGGGAUUAUCUCAGGGAAAUAUGCCAAUGGGAUUCCUGAAAGCUCAAGGGCUUCACUGAAGUGCUACCAGUGGCUCAAGGAGAAAAUUGUGAGCGAAGAAGGAAGGAAACAGCAGGCGAAGCUGAAAGACCUCUUCCCGAUUGCAGAACGCCUGGGAUGCACACUACCUCAGCUAGCAGUUGCAUGGUGUCUACGCAAUGAGGGUGUGAGUUCUGUUCUCCUAGGAUCUUCCAAUCCAGAACAACUCAUAGAAAACCUCGGUGCCAUACAGGUUCUUCCGAAGAUGACAUCCCACAUUGUGAAUGAAAUUGAUAAUAUUUUGGGGAACAAACCUUUCAGCAAGAAGGACUACAGAUCCUAAUGCAUUGCAUGAUUAAACCGGACUGCAUGGCUAAAAUAGCAUCUGUACAUAGUACAGUAAUGAAACCAUACUAUCCAGUUAUAAGUAGAUUUAUGCAGCAGUUUCUAUUGUUUACUGGAUCCUUCAAGGCGGUGUGCUCUGCCCAGAUUCAGAAGCACAGCUGAUCUCUCUGAAGAACUGAGGUUGUCUUUGCUCUUUCUUGGUUUUGACUCAACUGCUCCUGGACUAAAUGGAAACCUUCCAAUGGGAAGUUCUCCUGAGCAAGCCCCAUUGAAAUGAGACAUGCACAGCAGUGCAGUGCCAUUCAUGUUGAUGGGGCUUGCGCCGGAGAACCUCCUUCUGGAUUGUGCCCUGUUACUUUCAUCUUAGUACUCCCUAUUUACGGAGUGAAAAUACACUUGUAAAGAAACAAUAAAGAUUUCUAAGCUUUAGGUACUUGGAAAUCAAAAGAAGGAUGUACAGAUAUAUUUUUUCAAUGAACAAAAGCCAGAUACAGGUAAAAGCUUUAGGAUAAAGAUGCAAAACAGACUAUUUCAAGUGUAAAGAUUCUCAAAGCUUUCUCAAGGAUGAAUACGUUCCAGAUUUUUUUUCCAGCUGCAUUUUUUAAUGCAGAAUUUUGCUCUAGGUUAGUCCAGUUUGGGCUCUGGCUGAAAAAGGGCUUUCCAUUCAAAGUCAUAGAAUUAACUACCAAAUUAUUAGGGCUGUGCGAAGCAGUAGACUUGACUCAGGAUUUGUCUCAAUGCUCUGGAGGAAUCUCCAAUUCGAUCCAGAGCUUCAGGGAGGUUCCUGCUUGGUUUCAACUCAGUUCAAAGUUGCUGCUUCAAUUUGUAGCCAAUAGCAGCUCAUCCUCACAAGCCGGGGGGGGGGGGCGGGAGGCACCAAACGAGGCACAGCGACUUCUGGUUCCCACCGCUCUCUUUCCCAUCCCACUCCACUCCAGCGUUAAUUAGAGCCAUUCUGCCUGCAAGCUGGCCAAGUAGAGCUCUGCAGGCUGGUUAAUUAUUGACCCGCCCACACAGCUCUACCUGAUGAAUGGCCAACCUUCAGGCUUCCAGGAACUAGAGGCAGCUUAUUUGGUGCCCUCUGGCUCAUUGGAACGAGCCACUACUGCUUGGAGUUGAAGCUCACCCUUCUCCACUGCCCCAUCACUCCCUUCACCCAUGCACUACUUACCAGGCACAGGCAAGUCACAGGCUGGCUCUAUUUUAACUUCCUGCCAACACAGGAAGUUGUGGUUGCGCAGCUUGAGUUUGGAAAAGACGCUCCCAGAAAACUUCCCCCCUCCUUUCCCCCUGAAGUCCUGGGAAAGGCAUCUUGGGAACUGCAGUGGCAGUAGCCUCUGAAAGACUGCCGCUCCCAACCUAUCCUGUGCCUUUUCCAGGACUGCAGGGGAAGGAAGGAAAAACCAUCUUUCAAGAGCAUCUUUUUCAAAGGCAAGCUCUGCAGCUGCUGCUUCCUCACUGCAUUGGGAAGAAAAUACCUGCUAAGUCGUGCAGGGGCUGGGGGAAUAGUGAGGGGGCAGGGAAGAAAUCCAAGUAGGCCAAAUCGAUCCUGGUUCAGCAGGGUUCAACCCAAGCCAGACGAUGGUUAGAUUUGUUUCUGUUCACAUCGAUGGUUAGACCAUUGGUUUCUGUUCAAGGUGCCCAUUGAAUCAUAGGUAAGUCAAGCUGAUAUAAAAAUGAUGAUUGCUACAGAAAUGGAAAAUCAGAAGCCCAUAAUUAAUUGCUUUCUUUUAUUGAAACCGGCUUUGCCUUUUUUGGCAGCUUGUAGACAUGGCUAUUACAACUUUUAUUACUUAAACUGAAUUGAUAUAAUGUACAAUAAAUGUAUAUAAUGUGCAGAAGUGCUGUGCAAUUUUCUGAAGACCAGAUAUCCUUGUAGGUCAGGGGUUCUUUAUCGUGGGUCCCGACAUGUUGUUGGACUACAACACCCAACAUCCCCAGCUACAAUGACAUUUUGGCCAUUGUGGCUGAGGAUGAUGGGAUUUGUCAUCUGACGACAUCUGGAAACCGAGGUUAAGAACCCCUGAUGUAAAUAAAAACUCUUCAUUUUUCCUCCCUCGUAAUGUUAUCAGUUAUCGAACUUGAUUGUGUGGGGGUUUGGACAGUAAGACUGUGUCUGUGAGCUUCAUCAUAAUUUAACAAAAUCCCAGUAAACAUUUUAGUCCACUGGAUCCUCCAAUUUUGUUUGUAGACUGCACUUAUCAGCAUGGAGCUGUACGUACAAACCUCUACGGAUGCUGGCAAAAUUCUCCCAAGUGAGGCUCGGAAGUGCACUUCAGAGACUCAUAAAUGCCUCCCUCCAAGGAGCGGCAAACUUUAUGAGUCCCCAAAGUUUUCAACUUGAGAGAGAAUUGCUGGUUCCUUAUUAAAUGUAAUGGAGCUCCAUUAUAUUAAAUGGGAGUCAAAUGGGGGCUUUUGAAAGGCUGCACCUUGCGGGGAAAGGGGGCAGAGAAGGAACGUCAUAAGAACAUCAGAAGCUGCCUUAUGAUGAGUCAGGCCAUUGGUGCAUCUAGCUCAGUACUGCUACACUGACAGCAGCUCUCUGUGGUUCAGAUGGGGUCUCCACACAUCUUACCUGGAGAUGCUGCCAGGGACUGAACCUGGGACCUUCUGCAGGCAAAACAGAUGCUCUGCCUGCCACUGAACUAGAAUCUGAGCGUACCCACGGGGCAUUGUUUUUCCUCUCCUCACCCCAUUUUCCAGGGCUCACCCCUUAAACCAAGCUUCUUAACUAAACAAGAUAUGUAGUACUCUCCCUCUGCCCCCCCCCGCACUUUGCACAGGCGCCAUCUUUUAAAGCCUCAGAUUGGCUCGCAUGAGGAACCUUUCCUCUUUGGGGGGAAACUGACUUGGUUCAUUUCCAUGACUCCUGGGGAAGCUCACUCAUCUCUGCCAAGCUCUCAGCAUGUGACUACCACACUCAUCAUCAGCCCCAAUUGUCAAGCACUGAGGCCAAUGUGCACACCACAGUGGUGCUUGAUUCUUCCCCCCACUUCCUCAUGCUAUGAUGCAUGUAGCUUUCUGAGCACCCAUGGUGGCACACCAAAAUCUGUGUGCUUCAGUUUGCAUGCGCGUGUCAAGGUGUGACUUUACAUCAGCAUCAGCUGCCUCAAAAUUGCAGCUGCCACAUGCUGAGGGAUCACCCAGAUAGGUCCAUGUCAACAACGUGUGUCUUAGAGAUAGGAAUAAACGAGAGCUGCACACAGCUCUGCAUUUCCAGAUCCUGAAUGAAAGCAGCCAUAUGCAGACAGGGAAAUCUUCUCAUGGCUAUGGUAGCCUGCCACAUUUGCCUAGCACUGGUUACACAGCUGUAUUGAAUUGCUAUGUGACUCUUACUCUUUGCUUUAUCCCUAUGAGGUAUAGUUGAAAAGUUCUUCCCAGCCCUGGGUUUGAGAACAUCAUUUGGGCCCAGAAGCAAAGCACCAUCCUAGCUUCUAGUCUGUUGAGAUGAAAUGACUUCAUCUGUUGGUGAAAUAUGUUGAGAUGAAAUGUGGGUGACACAGAACACAUCAUGGUCUUUUCCUUUGGUUGGGUUGAUCUCACAGUUCUCCUUAUUUUGUCUGUCUUACGUUUGUGGAAAGAAUCAAUAUGUGUGACAUAUGGAAACUUGCUGUGAUCGUUUAAGAACUGUUGUUCUAAAGAAGGAUGCAGUUCUCUUUGCCUGGAGAACCAUCCCGUGGUACAAAAUGUAAAUGCCUUUGUUUCAGCAAGUCCAAGUUUAUACAUUUACUGUAGAGCAAGUCACACUGAACUCCACAGGUCUUACUUCUGAGUAAAUAUAUAAAUAUGCUUAGGAUUGUACCAUAAGAUCCUGAUCCAGAAUAUUGAAGUGCUAGAGCAAGCCGAUGACCCAUUGCUAAGUAUAAGAAUGCCUCUGCUGCUGCUGAACAGAUUUACAGUGAUGUCUGCUGAUUACCCACUGAUCAUGACCCCCAACCAGGUGAUUGGCACAACCCUCCUACUAACUAGGCAAAGUUUGAAAGUAGUGGCUUGCUUGUAUUUAGUCAGAGGAGAACAAGUGUCCCUUGUCAUAAAGCAUCCCUCCCCAUGUCUGUAGCUGGUGUCUCCCUUAUGUUCCUUUUUAAGCUGUGAGUCCCUUUGGGACCACAUUCACAUUCCCUUUGCUAUGUAAACCACUUUGGAAACCUUUUACUGCUGUUGCAAAGUGGUAUAUAAAUAUUUUUUUAAACAAGUCUUUUGCAUAGGAGACUGGAUCUGGAAGAAUGAUCCACACUGAUCCGUCUGUACUUUCAUGAACACAUACCCUUGCUGGUUAAGGGUGAAUGGCUGCAGUGCCCCAUAUGUUCAAAAGCUUCCAGUUCUCUUUUGCAACAAACAUUCCACACCUAGAAAGGUAUUCUCACAAGAGGAAACCGGGAAGCUCCUGCUUAUAUGGGGCUCCCGCUAUGCAACCAAAGUUUCCGUAUCAUAAUUCCAACAUCCAGCAAAUCUCGUUUUGAAAUUUUCAUCCGAGAGUCCUGUGAGUAGAGCUUAACUACAGAAGGCAAUGGGAUCUUAAAAAUGAAUAUACCUUUUAUUUUAACAUGUUUCAUGAAGUCAAUAGUCUGUGUAAAUGAAUUCCGCUGCUGUAUACUAGGAUCUGCUAUCCGCCUUCUUUUUCUGCUUGGACACAAUAAAAGCAUUUUGUGCACCAAACUCAA